AUGUUUGCAAACUUUGAGCUGUGGUCGGGUGGCAUGGUCGAGCACUCGACCAAGGCAAGUCUGCCGCGAUCCACAAGCGGUUGCAUUCCCUGCCGCCGCACCAAGAAAAAGUGCGACGAGAGGCGGCCGGCUUGCGGGCGCUGUGUACGGCGAAGUCAAGGCGAGUGCACUUGGCCGCGGCCUACAUCCUCGCCCUCCUCCGCCACGGGCCCAGAUGACGGACAGCAGCCUCAGGAUGGGAGAGAGGCUACUCUGUGCACGGUGAGGCCUAGCACCGAUUCUGUGCUUGGCAUAUGUGCCACCAUGCCGGGUAUCCCACCUGCGUUUGCCUGGGAGUUGAUGUGCUAUGCCAACCGCGCAAUUCACGGCGCCUACUUUGACGAUCACUACUCCAUCUUUAUCCCCUUACUCCCGCUGCUGGCCGAGUUUCCCUCUUAUGCUUACACAUGGCUGGCACUAGGGGCUGCUCAACUAGCGCAGCAACUACCGUCCGCAGAGAACCCAUUGCGACUCAUGUCUCUAGAAUACCACUCGCAGGCAAUAGGCAGCCUGCGCCAACACCUCCACUCUGCCCCAGUGCCUCAGGAAUGGGCCCUGUGCUCCAUGCUGCUACUUCACAUUUUCGAAAAGUUUGGGGACGGGUACCGAUCGCCCUCGGAUGCACAUGUCAAGUCGGCGCGAAGCAUCUUUCUCCGCCAUUUCACCCAUUCGCCUCCGAGAGACAUGCGCCACAUUCUACAGCUAGAGAGCCUGGUAUACCGAGUCGCCAUUACUAGCACUUUCCGGCUAGGGCCUAUGUGUCACCUAGAGGAAUACUCCUCCCUGGACGAGCUCCUCGAUAUAUGGGCGUCGUCACCGAUCACUUGUGGUUUGUGGCAACAUAGCCUCUGGAUCGGUCUGCGGCCGCCCAUAUUCAAUGCAGUCUUUAAGCUAUCAGUCCUCCUCCGUCUCGUGCCCCUCCAACCUUCCUGGAGGUCUGAGCUGGACAAGCUAGAAGGCAACUUUCGGCACUGUCUUGGGCCUUAUGAGGCGUGGCCGUCGCACAUGGGCGACCCAGAUCACCCACCGGAUAGCGGUGGCAGGCCUUGCUUGUCGCUAGCAGACCAGGCCCGCGCCGCACACUGCCUUUACGCUUAUGCCUGCCACAUAAUCACGAUCAAAUUGCGGGAUCCUGAGUCAACGCAGUCCGGGGAUCAGAUCCGUCGAGUAUCCCGCCUCGGUUUCCGCCUUCUGGCGUACCUGGCAAAAGCGGGGUUCCUAUCACCAGUGUUGAUAUGGCCAGCCGCCAUCAUCAGUCUCGCCGCGUCGAGUCCGGAGGACCAGGAUAUAGCGACGCUGUACAUCAACGGUCUAGCCCACAAGUCUGGAUCACGGGCCAUUACAUCAGUAAUGCGCCUUCUGCACCUUGCAUGGACGAGAACCAGUAAAGAAUGGGCGGCCGGAACGAAUAUACUCUUUGACUUCGAAGCGCUCGGCGACGUUUUUAUCUGA